AUGUUAUUUGUUGGUAUACCAUAAUAACAAGAUGUACAUUCAUUGUAAUUAGGACCUGUGCAUUAACUACAUGAUGGAUAACAUUGUAGUUUAGAGACAUAAACAUUUCUAAGAGAAACCUAUCCUUAAUUUGUAUUAGAGGAUGUAAAAUUAAUUUAGCCAGAUAUUGUUCCUGGUAAUACAAGUGAAAAAUUCAAAGUUUUAACUUCAAAUGGAAGAGUAUCACAAAAUCCAGUUGUCAUUGUAUAAGUAGUAGGUGAUUUGUAGGGAUAUGAAUAUGUAAAAGUUCCUAUCAUAAAUUAAAUAGUUUGAGAUGACCAUGUACCUUAAAAAUAUAAAUCCAUAGACAUCCAAUAUCCAUCCAUGAAUGA